AAACCAAACCAAAAAAACCAAAAGAAAGAGGUACGGUGUAAAUAGUAAUUUUUGUCCUUGAAUGUGCAAAUCAUUGUCUUUAUAGUCCUUUGAGUAUAUCAAAUUUUUAAAAAAUAUGCUUGAAAGCGUGUUUUGUUAGUCAAUUUAGUCGUCGUAAAUUAGUUUAGUUCUCAAAUGUAUCUUUUAUAAAUUAACUUAGUGCAUAAAUUUCUAACGUAAAACAUAUUUAGUGGCGUUUUUAUAAUUUUGAUAUAUUUAAAGACUAUACAGAUUACUACUUACGAGUACAUAACAAUCAAAAGGAAAGUGGCAUACAACCAAAUAUGUAAAUCAUCAUGCUGUUUCUCUAUUCAUUUUCAUGCUCCACAUUUCAAUUUUCACCUACUACCACAAGCUACUUUGUUCUCCAUUUCCAUAAAGCAAGCCACUUCUUUGAGCUUCAAGUUUCUCCUUAUACCUCCCUCUCUCUCUUUUUCUCUCAUUGCUUGUUCCUCAAUUCAUGGAUUUUUCUGACAAACAUCAUCAACCAACAAGUUAAUCUAGUAGUAUACAUAAUGAAUCAUAUGAUCAAACACCAUGUUUCUAUUCAUUCUACUAGGGUGCAGAUAUAUUGAAGUGUGAACAUUGAUGAUCAAAUAUUCAAGGCAACAAAUUGGUUGGAAUGGAUUCAUUCAAUCAAAGUCAUCAAAAUAACAAUUUUAGGUACAAUUCAAAUUUGAACAGAACAACUCAAUUACAUAAUGAUGAUGAAGAUGCAGAGUUCACAGGGCUUCUUGAUAUCUUUGUUCAUCAUGCUAGAAACAUUCAUAACAUAUGCAUCUAUGAUAAUCAAGAUGUAUAUGCAAAAUUCUCUCUUACUUACAAUCCAGAUGAAACUUUUUCAACAAGAAUCAUCAAUGGAGGUGGAAAAAAUCCAACAUUCAAUGAAAACUUGAGGAUCAAGAUAACUCAAAUAGACGCGGUUAUGAAAUGUGAAAUUUGGAUGUUUAGUAGAUCAAGAAUUCACAUGGAGGAUCAACUUUUAGGGUUUGCUUUGGUACCGAUUUCACAAAUUGUUGGAAAAGGUAAAGUCACUGGAGAUUAUAGUCUUUCUUCAACUGAUCUUUUUCAUUCUCCAGCUGGAAUUGUCCAAUUAACACUUUCUUUAGAAACAUCUUUGGUGUCAGAAUCGAUAAAUAGUUCAUCGAUAUCAUCAGAAGUUAUUUUGCUUGAUAGUAAAAUUUCAGAAGUUAUGUUGGAUCCAAUUGAGUAUUCAAGAAUUGAAUUUCCUGAUAUAAGUGUUGUUAAGGAGAAUCAACAAAUGGUUUCUGAGUAUUUCAAUCUUGCUUGUGUGUCAAGUAACAACAAAAAUUCAACAAGUUUUCUACCUUUUCUUCAUCUUGGUGCAUCAUCUCCUCAACUUGAUGAUUAUGAUAUGAUGGCUUUGAGUUCACCACAUGAGAAUAAUCAAGUCGAUUCCAUCUCUCCGAAUGAAAGCAUUCAGAACUCCGGUUUCGUAAGCUCUACUAUCACAAGCUUAAGUGAUGAUCGAAACUCGGCAGAUUCAAUUGAGAAAAAGAAUCAUUUAGGUGCUGAAUUAGCAAAUUCGGUUUCGCUUUGUCCUGAUACUCCAACUUCAAAGAAAGAAGGCGAAUCAAGAGAUGAUGAGAAAGAAGCAAAAUUCUCAAACAAGGAAAAAGAAUGCAAGAAGGAUAGGAACUUAGAAGCUACAAAGUUUGGACAAGUUUUUAAUUCUCCAUUAGGGAAUAUUAAUAUUGAAGCUGAGGAAUGUGCUAUGCAAAAGCAAAUAGUUGACAUGUAUAUGAGGAGUAUGCAACAGUUUACCGAGUCCUUGGCGAAAAUGAAGCUUCCGAUGGAUGUUGACAAACCGGAAAGAGAAGAUCGUAGUGGUGAUGUGAUUCAAAAUCACGAGAACAAGAAGUUAGAAAUUGAUAAUAAGAAAAAGGACGGAUCACGUGUGUUUUAUGGUAGUCGUGCGUUUUUCUAAUCGUAAUUUCAAAUUGUGGUAAGCAAUUACAGCCGCGGAUGCAAUGUAAAGAAUUUCAAAGGUUCUACAACCAGUAAGUGACUGCAAUUGUGGUCGCAUCGGCAACAUUUUUUUCACAAUGUAGCCGCAACCACAAUUUAAAACAACGUUUCUAAUCUCUAAUCAUCUUUGGAUGGUGAAAAUUAGCAAGACAUGAGCUUAUGAGAGUUUAUUUAGUGAUAACAUGAAGUACUCUUGUUUCUUUAAAAAUUAUUAUUGCAGAUUUUAUUUGGUUUGGGUUUGUUGGACCUCUCCUUUUGUUGAUGACAAAAAUAUUCUAUCA